CAAACCCACACUUUCUGCACUCUUGCUUUUCUCACUUUUUUUUUUUUUAUCACUUCACUUGCUCAGCAGAAACUCGUUGCCCUACAGUAAAGUUAGAUGAACUGGAGAACAGCAGGGUCCACCUAAAGGCAAAGGCUGUAGUAUCACUUCUUCAUGAACAGUCAAAGAUGGGAACAAUAGCUAGAGAACCACUGAGCAUAAAAUGAUUAAAAUCAGUAAUUUUAUUUUGAAAGAUGUAUAAUUUUUGGUUUCACAUUGUACUGCAAAUCGAGCUGACCUAAGAAAAGGAUAAACAAUAAUCAUACACAACACAGCUUUUCAGCAGUAGGUAUUAUUCAUAGCAUCACACAGGUAUCUAACAGUUAAUCUGUUAUCUCAGUAAAAUGCAGCUCUAUGGCAUUUUCCUUUCUUCUCUUGACAAUUUUAUAUUACAACUCAGUAUUCAGCACACAGUAUGGUGGUAAAAUAGCCCUGCUGCCUUAGAGCAACAUGGUUCUGGGUUUGAACCUCAUAGUUAUGUGGAGCCUAUGUGUUCUCUGCCUUCCUUUCAUAUGUAAUACUAUACACACAUUUUGGACCUCGUCUCUCAACCUGCAACUUGUGGGAUCGCCUCCAGUGGCCCCACAACCCCACAUAGAAAAGUGGUUAAGAGAAUGAAUCGACAAUGUAGAAGUUGGCACGUAUUUAGCCUACUUAUUUUUUUUUCUACAAAGAGAUCUUGGAAUAAAACUUGAACAACAUAUCUGACUUAGACUUUUUGCAUAAUAUCUUCACAUUGAAACUUCAAUCUCAGCAUUUUUAAGUUUUUGUGAAAUCUACGGUUCCGCAUAUCUAUUUAUAAGAGCAGGCGGUUCAUGUUGCGAAAUUCCUACUCAGACAGCCAGGAUCAAAACUUUUCUAUGGUGGAAAAUAUUUGGAGAGUUUAUUGGUGGGUAUUAAAUUAGAAACACUAUAAUAUUAAGUUUAUCAUAAUUGCCUUGUGUUCUGUGCAAUGCACUGUUAAAAUUCAUCACAUAUGUUUAGAUUAUCUUUUGAUUUCCCAUCAUUUCUAGCUGACUCACUCAGGAAAGAGGUAUGCUCUUGCUCCACCUCCUAAAAUACCCCCAAAGUUUGCCCUAUAAGCAAAAAAAAGGAAGUAGAUUAGAUUUUAAACUCUUCAAACUGAAAAAGCUCAUCAUUCGAUUUCCAGCUCGUCCAUUGAUUUUGUUUGAUCUGCAAGGGGAGAUUGGACUCCAGCUUUUAAGGCAGAUGCAAGGAUGAGUGUCGAGUACCAUGCAUCCACACGUGGCAUCGAUGACAGUAAAAUUGCCUACAAGCAGUUUUUUGAAGAAGGCAGCAAAUUUCACUCUGCAGUUUAUAUAGUAAGAACCAGUCCUUUCAAGCUUGCCACAGUGUGCCUGGGGUUCCUGUGUUUACUCCUUUUGGCUGGUGUCAUAGGUCAAAGCAUCCACUAUCAAAAUGUGGAACGAGACUAUGAGAAUAGCUCAAAAGCCAUGACUAUGCAGAAUCAGGACCUGCAGCAAAACAUAAAAGCUGUGCAAAAAGAGAAACAGGAUACGAUGAUACGCUAUGAUCGCUUACAGGAAAAUUACAACUCCUUAUCUACAGGCAAAAAACGGUUGCAGACCAAUUACAAUUUACUGAUGGAGGAAAAACAGCAGCUUACACAAAGCCAAGCCCAGUUAAAGGACAGUAAUGCUGCUUUGAACCAAAAUUUCGAAAAGCUAGAAACUCUUAAAAACCAGCUGCAGUUGAACAAUGAUGCCUUGACUACAGGCAAAGAGUUGCUACAAAAACAAUAUGAUUCAGUCCUCAAGCAAAGAAAUGACUUGCAGACCAGUUUUAACUCUGUGACCAAAGAGAGGAACAACUUACAGAACAAAUUCAACAAUGUAACCGGAUCAAGAGAGCAGCUGCUGAAUCGUUACAACGACUUGAUUAAGACAGUGGAAAAUCUGCAAGAUAGCUACAACUUCUCUACAACUGAGAAGGACAAGUUAGCAAAAGGUCACCAAAAUCUGACUGUACAACUUGAGCAUCUUCAGUCUACCUACAAUGUAAUCAAAAAAGCAGAAAAUGUACUGCAGGCUAAUUAUGACUCAUUGGUUAAGGAAAAAAACGCUCUUCAAAGCAAUUUUCAGAAUGUAACAUCAGAAAGAGACCUGCUGAAGGUGAAUAAUGAAAACCUGACUGCUGAGAGAGUAAAGCUGUUGGAGGAAAUUAACAGACUGAAUGCAACAAUGCAAGAGAAGAAAUGCCCCACUGGCUGGAAGAAGUUUGAAUACAGCUGCUACUUCACUUCAGUUAGCAAAAAAACGUGGGAAAGGAGCAGAGCUGACUGCCAGAACAGAGGAGCAGACCUGGCAAUAAUAAAAAGCAAAGAAGAAAUGACCUUCAUCAAUGGCUUGUAUAGCAGUGACAAAGAAGUCUGGAUUGGACUGACUGAUGAAGGAGCAGAGGGAAAGUGGAAAUGGGUGGAUGGAACUCCAGUGACCUUAACGUUUUGGGGUAAAGGCCAGCCCAACAGCUAUAAUGGGAGAAACCAAGACUGUGUGGAGUUUUGGCACCGCGCAUCAGGCGUCGGUGAUUGGAAUGAUGAGAACUGUAAUAUUGAACAAAACUGGAUCUGUGAGAUGUAUACAUCUCACAGACUAUAACUAUAGUUUUCCAGAACUUUGGAAUGCGUUAGGUGAUACUGUCUGGUACCAAUGAACAUCAUGUAAUGUAAGCAUAGAAACACAUUAAGGAUUAUAAUAGUAUGUUUUACAACUCACCAAUUUAUCCAAAUGUUAUUUGCUGAAGCAAAUACAGAUUGAUGUAGCUUGUUGAAUGAGUGACCCAAAAGCAACUCCAAAAAUAUCUGCGUAUACUGUUUAUCAUCUUAUUCCUGACUCUGAUGGUGACACAGUAUCUGUCACUUGCCAACAGAUAUUUUUGAAGGUACAAUUAAUUUGACACAUGUAACUUACCCAUAUGCCAGUUUGCAUGAAAUUAAUUUACUAUCAUGACCAUUUAGUACAUUGAUUAACGAAAGCCUUUACAAAGCCUCGUACUGUUAUAAUCAGUUAUGUUAUUAUCACUUAAUUAUGCUGUACUUGCUUAUCAGUGAUUUGUUGUAACUAGGAAAAUGGUACCAAAUUAAAUGCUGUGUAAUUAUGGAUACAUUAAUUAACCACCAUUCAGUUCUUCACUCUCAUUAUUACAAUAAAAUAAAAGAAAUAAAAUUUU